AUGUUAGAAAGUUACAUCACCCCAGUUUUGAUGAGCUACGUCGACAAGUACAUAAAGAAUUUGAAGCCUUCAGACCUCAGUUUGUCGCUAUGGGGCGGAGAUGUAGUGUUGUACAAUUUAGAACUACGGCUGGAUGUUUUGGAAAAGGUGAGAAAGAUUGUUACCUCGGUUCUAGUUUUAAUGAACACCUCUCUUUCUAAUAAGCCUAGAAUGAUCAAGAUAUUUAUUGUAAGCAUACUAAUGUUUUAGAAAAUGUGGUCGUUCAUAGUGGUUUAAUAGAUAAUGAAUGGUUAAUUGCUUGUCUCAUGAAGUGAGGCAAAUCAGUUGUAUUGAUCAUGACAUUUUCAAAAGCUAUACUACUAUUCUUUGUUGUCGAAAUGCACGUAAGACAACAUGUAAACAUGUAAACUUUCAACCUUGUCACCUGACAAGAACUAGUUGUAUGGCAAUUGAAUACAUCAUGAUCAUCAUGAUUAGCCUGACUUACAUUGUAAAAUAAGCAAUGACACCUUUAUUUACAUAAUUAUGUUCUUCCAGGAAUUACACCUGCCAAUAACAUUUCUCAGUGGGAAGAUACACAAGCUACAGAUCCAUAUCCCAUGGACAAAGCUGGGAUCAGAGCCAGUUGAGAUCACCAUCAGCACAUUAGAGUGUGUUGUCCAGUUGAAAUAUCCAGAUCAUAGCCCAAGUGAUCAAUCAAGCAAGGCCUCUGAGGCAGCUUCAGCCAAUAGUGAAAAUGAAAAAGAAGAGCUUGAGAAGGUAAUGGAGGGCAAAGAGGAGGUCCCUCCUUCUGGGUAUGUUCAAAGCCUUAUCAACCGAGUGAUCAACAAUGUAUCAAUAUGUGUUAACAAUGUUAUAUUGAAAUACUUGGAAGAUGACAUUGUCUUGUCCUUAAACAUCAAAUCAGCCGAAACAUUCAGUGUGAACAGCAACUGGGAGAAGGCUUUUGUUGAUGUUGUUGCUCCUGACUUUUUGCUUCAGAAAGUAUGCAAUAUUUCUGAUCUGACCAUCUGUCUUGAUAAACGAAAUUCCAGUGGGAAAAUAGAACUCUACCAAGAUCCGCUAUUGUACAAGUGUGGUCUACGCUGUCGAAUGAUGUUGAAGUUUGACAGCCUUCUCAGACCCAUUGAAACAAAGUUUAAUGUGUAUUGUGAAUCUGCAGACAUUUCACUUACAGAUCAACAGCUUCCAAUGGUUAUUAGAUUGGCUACUCUAUGUCUCAGUCUUUAUGUUGGAACUCUAGAUUUACCUGGUUCUGAGUACAAACCGCACCCAGCAAAAAAAAUUGUUGAGCAACAAGCCAUUUCCAAUCCAAAUCUGAGUUUUACAUCAGAACCACAAGAAGUCUCUACUCAGACAGGCAAUCAGCAAAACCCAAAUGAUGAAGACUGGGUCAACUGGGUGUGGUCUUUUGUUCCUAAUCUCACAGAUGAUCAGUCAGCACUGCUAACAACACCUCCACCAACACCUCUCCUGCUAGCAGGAUUCUAUGUUUCUCAUGUGACAAUCACUAUUAAGUUGACAGGAAAGGUCAGUGAUGGGAAUUUUUUUGGUGGACAGAGAUUUGAAUUCAAGCCUAUGUUGAGUUUUGAAUUGUCAGGAGGAGCAGCUGAAAUGGUAUUGAGAGGAGAUGAAUUUUUUGACGCUCAGGUUGGUGUGUCAUCCAUCAUUGGGUGGAAUAUUGGUAACUGUGUUUGUCGAAGUUUGGAUGUGUCUUCAACAAAAGAAGGAAUUGAGGCAGAUGAUAAGGUACAAUCUUCAAGACAGUUAUUAACUAAGGUUUUAAAGAACCUCACAGAAAUGUAAUUACUAUCAUUAUAAUCAUAAGACAAAAUUUAAUAUAUUUCAAUCAGUAUUCUAGAAGAAAUUAAUGAACAUGUUGACUGUUAAGCUAAAAUUGUUUUGUUAAAUUAAUUAAUUGAGGUCAAAAUGAUUUUGAACCAAUUGAUGUGUACAUGUAUUUUCCUUUGUUUCUGAUGAAGCAUCAUUAUCUGUGAACAAAGAAGAACACAGUUAAAACGAAUUCCAUUGCAACAUAUGCUCUACUCUUCCAUUUUAUGGUGCAGUGACAAUUGGUGAAGAAUCUCUUUAUCUUGCAGCAUAGUGUACAUUUGUAUCAUCACAGGCAGACCACACUAUGUGUUUGUGGUUAGUAAUUGUUGACAUAAGACAAACAACAUCUGAGGGUUAUGAAUAAAGCUCUGAAAAUUUAACUGGCAGCCAUUAAAGGAAUUUGAAGCAUGCAGACCAUUUCAAAUUUACCAAUCAGCAAUUGACUUUGUUUUGAACUGCAGUGGACUUCCAUGGAAGUUGCAGCACCGUUUGGUUAAUUUGAAAUGGCCUGCAUGCUCCGAAUUCCUGUGGUCACCAAGUUUGGCAACGAUCAUGUUGAAAAUGCUGUAUUGAUGAUUUCAGCAUUGAUUUUCUUGGAAAAUGUUGAAGGAAUGAAGCUCAAAUUUGGUGAAGAGAUAGAGCAACAUCAUCUCUAACUGUUGCCAGUUAGGAGAGAUUUUCAAUAGCUUGGAGUGGAAUUAGAAAUAAGCUUCUUCUUUGUAAUCUUUUUCUAGGAAGAUGUUUUUAUCACCAUUGCAAGUCAUAGAGAAGAUUCCUCUGAUUCAUCAGGAUUUCUGACAGGUUCCUUGUUUGACAAUGGAGAAAGAUCUUCUCUAGCAAUUCCUGAUCUGACAUUCGAUGCAGAGGAAUUCCUAAAGAUACACAACGAGAAACUUGCCCUCAGGAGAUAUGGGGCUUUUUUUGCUGACUAUUUGUACACGAUGGAAAUUGAACCAGAGAGUGAUCAGGAUGCUGGGGAAAAUCAGUUAGAAGGGUUAGAAAUUUUUGGUGAAAUACGACUUGUGAAGGAGAUGUCUUUCAAACGGUUGAUUGUGGGCCCAACACAUUUACAGCUGUCAACAAGUAUGAUGCAUAGAUUGGAGCUUGUUUUGAAGCUGGCAUUUGAUGAUAUUGUUCCAAGAAAAGGUAUAACCUACACAGUGUACAUAUCUCUUUGUACAGAGUAGUUUAUAGAGGUCAUAUGUAUACAUCACAUCUUACCUUGUAUUUACUCAAGUCCUGAUGUCUGCAUAUGACCAAAUAUUCCAUGGUAAUUUUUACUAUUAACAACUGUCAUUUGAAAAAAAGAAGAAAAGAAAAAAAGACCUCCCCAUUUUAACUUUCAUAAUCAUCAUUAUUUUUAAACCUCUGAAAGUUGACCCUUGAUGGGGAAAUGGCCUGGCUGAUUACCUGGGGAAGACACAGGAUCUUUUUGAUAGAAACUUGAAUAGUCAGAAGAAGAAGCUUGCUGAGAAAGAUGUUAAGCAACAUAUCAUGAGAUAUCAUGAGCACACAACAAAGAAAAAAUUCUAAGUGUUUGACAAUGAUUCAAAUCCCACAGCUUUGUGUUUUGAUGUGGUAUGGUAUGAGGUCAACUCCUUAGGGAAGAUUUCUUUCUUGGGUCAAGAAUAUUCUAUGAAUGGUUUUAGCAAUGAAAAAGGUGUUUGAUUUGAGCAUGGUACUGUAAUAUAUGCAUGAAUGCUACACGUGUGUACUGUAAUGUAUUAUGUUCAGUCUAUUUUUUGUAACUAAUGCAGUUUUAUUUUGUUGACAUUGUAGAAAAAUGUGAGCUGUACUAUGAUGAAUUCAUUGAGAAACAGCUUCUGGCAGGCAACAUUCCAGCUCGUAAUUCUAGUAUCACCCUGGUGUCAUUUACUGCUACUCUACCAGCUGCCGACCAUGGAAAGAUGUCCCAAGGUCCUCUACUGCAACACACAAACAGCAGCACAGAGCUACACACUGUCUCCUCACAGUUGUCAUUACAGAGCAUUCCUGAUGUAAUUAUGAAAUAUGUUACCUAAUUAAAGCUGUCUCAAAAGUUUACUGUGCAUGUAGAUCUAAAAACUGGGGAACUCUUAGAAUUGAAUUUUGAGUUGUGGGAUUUGUUUAUCCAUGUCAGUUAAUCUUUUGAAUUUCAUUGUACAUUGUUUUGAACAUCAUGACAUUAAUAGUGAUAGAUAUUAGGUGUUGACAUAGGGCCUGAGGAGUCUUAAAAUAAUCUUUUUUCUUUAAAGGAGUCUUCAGAGAUUUAUUUUUGAUAAUGCUCAGCACUUGCUUCACAUUUCCUCCCUUAACUAUAUAAAAAAGUUUCCUUCAAUAAAAGUGGGUGAUGUAAGAGGAGCAACUUGGUACUGUUAUUCCUCAUUGUUAGUCCAUUUCAUGUUUUUCCCACUUUCGUACAAUUUCCAAGAUGUUUUUUACACAGCUUUGGGUGUUUAUUAAGCCAGAGAGGGAGUGAUUGACUGAUGUGGUGUUCUAUUAGAUGAGAGUAUCUUUCUUUCCAGGUUGAAGAUACUGAUAUUGUUCCCGAGGUGGUCUGUAUUGUUCAGAUCAGUAGAAUUGAUGUCCAAGUAACAGAACCAAUGUACCCAACAGAGCUUACUAAACUGACUGUAGCAAAUGCAGAAUACCCUGCUGGCAAAGCCAUGCUCAUGUGUACAUACUCUGAUGUGUCUGCUCAGGUUUGUAAUUUUAGUACAAACAGCAAUAAAUUUAUUUGUAAGAUCUUAUUGCUGAUUCUGUCCAAGAAAUUUACCUCAAAGGCCUCCUUGUUCUUUUAGAUUUUGGAUUUUUUUGUUGCUACCAUGGUUGGAAAAUUGCUUAAAUAUAUUUAAUCAUCAUUGUCUGUAAUUACAAGGCCACCCCUCGCUUAAAAUAAUUAAUUGAAUAUACAAAUGCUUGUUUAUUGGUUUCCAAUCUGAGAACACAAUCAUGUUUUGUCUUUCAAUCCUCCUUUUGUAGCUUUUUGGCAUUCAAGUCAGUGUAACGCAGCUUCACUCUGAUGUAAUAGACAUGCCUAUGGUUAACAUCAUUCCAGCAUUCAGUGUGGCUGGAUCAUUAAGAUUUUGCAUUUUGCCUGAAUCAUGGUAGGCCUUUCUUAUCUUUAUAUUUUUGUCACAAUAGUUUUUCAUAAUGUACAGUAAAUAUUACAGACAUAAUUGAAAAUAAAGUGGAAAUAUUUAAUCUGAAUCUGUACUUAAGGUUCUUGAGUUUCUCAAGUUGAAUCACUUAACAAUUGUUUACCACACUCCAUGUUAAAUAGUUUUUUUUCAACACAUUUGCUCUUCCAAGCGGUCUGUUAGUGAAUAGCAUCCUGAACCUGCAGGGAAGAAAGUAGUAAAUCACUCCACCAUUUCUAAUGCUCAGCUAUUUUGAAUUUGAACAACUAAUCUAAUCUAAAUAGUCCAAUAGUCUUUAUUUCCAAACUAUUAAAGAACAUAUGUUAUGAUACAAACCACACUGCUACAUUGACUAAUACAUUAACUGCAAUAGAGCUAAGUCAUACUUAAAAAUCAAGAAAUUAAUGAUUGAGUUUUUAAAGUGCAUGGUGUUUAUGUUAGGGCCACAAAUAUACCUUUUCCAGAGGAUAUAGCUGGGUGAUUUAAAAAGUGGCAUGAUUGUUAACAGCGCUUGACCUGUAGAAUAGGAGAUGGUUUCAAAGACUGGUAUAAGAUACAGAAAAAUUUAGUUGGUCUGUCUUGAUCAGACAGAGCCAUAUUAUUUCACAAUACAAGUAGAUAGGCCAGCCUAUAGAAGUACAAGUCAUGUGCAUAAAAAGCAUUUCUCUAAUGUGAUUGUUGUGUCUUUUUUGUAGGGGUGGAGCAGACCUUCUUAAGAAAGAGGCUCACAUAGAAGUCCCAAACUUUCAGACUAUUUUGACGAAGCCUCAGUUUGUACUCAUGUCUCACAUUGCUGACUCUUGGGCAAGCAGCAUGACAAAAGAAGGAAAAAUGGCUCCAAUUCCUAGAGCAAUUGUUGGCUGUGUGUUCUAUCCCAAUGGUAAGCAUACCUGGAUAUGUUGUUGGUCAUGUAAUUACAUCAUUUACAAAAUUUAUUGUUGCCACUCAAGAUAGUAAUCUGGCCUACAAUAGUACUGGUGUUCUUCUCUGCUGGAGAUCAGUUUAGUAUAAGUGUAAACCCUUCAUACGACACUUCUAUUACACUCAACUUGAGUGGUAAUCAAUGAUUUCUUAAUUUCAAAAUGUCAGAUCAAGACUCAGGAGGCAUACAGCCUGAGUUGCAAUUUAAAGUUUCAAACAUCCAAGUGCAGUUCUGUGAGACUCAGUCUGUUGUUGGUGCAAGUGGUUCAGUGGGAUCUGUUUUUGCCUCUCUCAAGUCCUGUGAGUAUUGUCCUACAGUGUUGUUAACUCUGGAACAAAGUAUUACUCGCUAUAAUUUCAGUUUUGUGGUAUGGUGGACUAUAUUGGGCAAGAAUUUGGUCUAUUCAUUGAAAUGAAAAUCUUCAGCCUCACCCAUUUUGACACUAAUUUCACACUUAGUUAUUUCUAACCUUGGCAAGGUGACAAAAACUGUGGAACUCUCAUAAUGUCUAGAGGUGUUUCUCACUCAUAAUCUGAGCUUCCGAGGCAAAAAUCUCACACAACUUUCCAAGUUUAAAUCUCAAUUAACCUAUGAAUAUCAUUCCUGUACUCAUUAUUUCAUGAGGUUCCUCACGCACUCUAAGCUUUUAGGCCUUGUAUAGCAUUUAAGUUACCUGAAAAUGAAAUAAGAUUUGUUGUUCUUUUGUAGGUACGUCUGGUACUACUGAAACAACGCCUCUAGUUAAGGGUCCAUCUGACACCUCAGAAAUGUACACAGGCAAUCUGUUUAGGUCAGCGCAUCUGCAGGAGAACUUUGUUGAAAGUACAGGACCAGUUCUAACCUUCACUGUACAGUUGCCACAGGCUGCUAUUAGGAGUGGUGACCCUGUGGCACAACCAGGUAAAUUUUAAUUUCAUUGAUACGUUGAUUUCUUAGCUUAUUCAUAGUCCUUCGUGUCCGGGAAGGAGCAGUGAAAAGUGGAACAACCUAAAUCAGCAGAUUGCCCUUGCAGGCCGUUUUCAUUUUCGUCCAUUCGCUCCCCAAAACCGGAGUUAGUAGAGGUGACAUAACUGCAGUCUCUUCUUUUUUGUUACUGCAACUUAGGGAAAUGUAGCUGAAUAUUCUUGCUUCAUCCGUCACAUGCUUGCACACGCAACCGACAACCCACAACUCCCUCGUUGCUCCGCCAAUUUUGCUACUGAAAUUAAACUACAUAACAUUUAUCAACUCUACCUUGGUAAUCAACCUAGUCAAUCAGUCACUUACAAACCUACUUUCUUGUUUGUUUGUUUGAUCUUUUAUUUUUCUCAAUAGUUCCACCGAGUGGUGAUCAGUUGAGCGGUUUGGUCCUGUUUCAUCUGAAGGGUAUCACGGCUUCCCUUGAUCCUCUGCUGUACAAGUGGAUUUGUUAUAAGUCUCCUGCACCAAAAGUAACACCCCGUCACAAAGCAGAACGAGAGAGGACUAAAAUUACUCGGCAGCAGUCUCUUCCCAAAACCCCAUCAGCCACCACCCCCAGAAAGAAAUCAUUUGCAAGAGGUAGGUACAUGAAAGGUGUUUCAUGCUACUUAAUGUGGAAUGUAUUAAGAACUAGUCUCUGUAAGAAUCAAACAACUGGGAAAUGAAAAUUUGCAACCCCGCCUUAAAAUUUUGAGUACUGUCAGACACUUAGGGGGAUGCACAAAAAUGCCCUUUUUAAAAGUUGCAGCACUCUUGUUGCCAUGGUAACAAAGGCUAUUUGUUCGCGGCCUAGUGCAUAGCCCCUGAAUGCCUAAAAAAAAUUAAAAUUUUAAGGACGGGUUGAAAAGUUUCUUCUCCCUAGUUGUUUGAUUCUCAGAGACUAUUUUGUAAAUUUUCAGGGAAAAAUUUGCCAUUUUGUUUUCGUUCGAAAACUCAUACUUCAACAAGUACGUCGGUUUUGUUCCAUGAUUUAAGACAUCCGCAAAAUUAUCGCUGUUAAAAAUGUGAAACUACAGUAUUGAAAAAGGCGUCAAAUGCAUUGCUUGUAAACACACCGUCUUUUUUGUCGUGGACCAAGCUGAAAACGGAGACUGUUAAGAACGGUGGAGUAAAAAUGUUUUAAGCGUCGCCUGAGCCAUCAGCAAUGUUUUCAUGCAAUUUGGUGUAGAUUACAUCAAAUUGCAUUCGCCAUUCACAAAGAAAAAGGUGGUUUACGUCACAAAAUUAAUAAAUUCACAAUACUUGUUAAAAAUACUAUUUUAAUAGAUUGUAAGGGGGCCUCUAGAAAUCACGGGGCUUAUAUGUUUGGCGGAAAGCAUCAAAUACAAAACGAAAAGUAAACUAGAACGCUGGUGUGGGUAAAGAUAUUUUGCUUAGGUGUAUUUGUUGGAGGCGAAAACUUAUGACUUUUCCGAGCGCAUUAGCGCUUUGAGGGACUAAGAAGCGUGCGUUUGCAGACUGUUCCUCCAUCCUUUGACAAAUAAUCUUAUAUAGAAGCAAUUUUAAUCAACAUCUUAGCAGCAGAACUCCACCUUGAAGAGACUGCUUUUAUUUUAAAAACUAAUUGUGUUUAAUUUGCUGUCCGGAAGAGAGUAGAAACAAUAUGAUAGUUGUCAUUGAAAACCAUUCUGAUAUCCAAAACAACUGUCUUUCAGGGUAUGGUUCGGUUGCAUCUCCAGCGAAAGAAGAAAAAGCAGGUAGCAAACAAGAGGAAAGUCCACAAAAACAGAGUCCACUAAAUGAAAGCUCACAUGAAGUAGUGGAUGGACGAAAGAUGUUUGAGAAUUGGUUGUUUGACAAGCUUUCCUUUUUGACAGCCAUGGAACUCCAAGUUAGUAGAUGUCUCUAUACAAAGGCUGUCAGGUUGCAAUUUUUUGAUAUACACUUAAUACCUGUUUUCGAGAGAAACUGUAUAUUUUGUUUUCCAAGAGAGUGUAUGUCUCUCGAGACAGAUUCUAGGUAAGUUUUAAGAUAUCAAGGGAAACAACCUUUUUUCCAAAUCAGUACCAUUUUUCUAUACUCAGAAUGAACAUUUCUUCCAUUAAUGGACUGAUUAGGUAUUCAUCUCUUUGAAUUCAAGAAAGUUCUCACACUCCCUCUUGUUUUCAAAGGUGACGGCUUGAUUGUGUUAUUUUUACGAACUUUAAAAGAGAUCUAGCCUCAGGCUUCUGUCAGGUGCUGAAUGCGUGCUUCUCCUAAAAAUUGAUCACGUCUAAUGAAUGAACCUUCGAGCGACACUUAGCGUGAAGAAGUUACACAGAUAUUACAUGAAAUUCUCUGAACUAGUUGAAUGUGCUUUAACCCUUUUUCCUUACAACGUCAUGCGCAAAUCAAACGUUAAGGUCACUCUGAUAAUUGACAUUAACCCCAACUAAAGAAGCUCUUGAUUGUAAAACAAAUUCCCCUGCCAGAACCUUAUGAAAUAUAUGAAGAACAGUUUGGAGAAAAUACAUAGUUUGAUUAUUUUAUUGAGGAUAAGGGAGAGCAGCAAAUACUAAGCCCUAACUCACUUUUCAGGUUCAUAUGAAGAGUGCUGUAUUAUUCCUGCCAGAGAAGCACAUUGCUCACGAGUUUGAAACCAACGAUAUUGCCUCUACAUUUUCCACCCAAUCCUUAAAAACGACAAACAAUUCAUUUCCACCCACACUGGUCAUUUGCCUCCCAAGCUUUAAACUUCUUAGUGCAAACCACGAACCCAUGUCCGUUAGGCAAUCCCUGCCAGUGAAGAGACAUCACAAAGACGCUACACGACGAGAAACGCUACCGUGGACAUUAGAAGCAGAAAAUCUAGCGGUGUACUCCGUGUACGUGAAGAAAAGCUCAUUACUGAAUGGAGGGGAUUUUCAACCCGUUGUACAUUAUUUAUUGUCAAAAGUGUCAUCCACCGCCGUACUUGCAUCUGCUCGAACAUCAUCCGUGCCAAGUUCCUCCCCACUGGCCCCGCUCCAGUUUCUCAAGCCGAGUAGCGCGAGUGGGAGAAGGGUUUCCAUGCUUGGAUUUUGUGUUCACACAGAUUUUCAACCAAUUGAAGUCAGCUGCUGUGGGAAGCAGGUGAGACUGGUUUAAGUUGAGUUGCAUUUAGAUUGACCGUCGCUAAACCAAAAAGCGAUAUCAUUGCGACGGCUGAUUAGAACACAAUGAAGUAUCACAAGGGGUCAUUGAGAACUUGAGGUCAACUUAUCUUAUUGACAAGAGGCGCUCUACACAUCAAGCGUGGUUGAUGUUGGUUAUGCCUGUGAUUUGCUAAGGGGAUUACGUGAGUUUGCCAGAUCCUGAACCAAUGCAAAAGGGUCACAAUGGGGUCAACCAAAAGCCAUAAACGGCCAAAAAAUUUAUCCGGUAGGCGUAAAAAUUAACAAUUUAUAACCGAUAUUUCGUAAAAAAAAGUUAACCGCUAAAAAAUUGGAAGGAUUCUAACCGUUAGCCGUCAAAUGGCCAAAAUUUUAAUCGUAAGCCGUCAGCCGUAAAAGCCAUCACCUCAUUGAGACCCUCAUGCAACCUCGUAUUUCUUACUUUCGACAAGGAAAUUGGAAGCGUGUCAUUCGUAAUUGUUUUAAGACUGCUUUCACUCUUUUUCGCUUUCUUAGAUGCAGUUAGUCGCCAACUUGUUGGAGGGUGUUCUCACAACCUGCUUUUCAACCCCAACAUCUUCCUCUUCCGCCGACACUACUUCCGGUAUGCCUACUUCCGUCACCCAUCCCAUCGCUCCAGCUAUGAAACGGACAACCUCUCUUGCUUCAUCAUCCUUUCAAGACCAAGUAGAGAGUGAGAUGGCACCAACCGAAACCGUGUCAUCAACGACCUUUUCACAAGUCCAACAGGUAUGCCAAAAGCAAAAGGGGGGUGGGUUGAUUGGGCAUGUCUGCUGAGGUCCUUAUCAGAUUCUGUAGAAAGCAAAAGCACCCGCUAAUCUUUUGCAAUAACUAAGUAGUCGUCUUUUAUAAUAUCGUGGUCUUUCUUUUACUUCUUACUUCUUUCAGCCUUCCAACGCCAUUCGAGUUUCCCUGUGGUUGCAAUGGACUCUUCCUCGAGUCGUUGCUAAUCUAUAUAGUCGAUCAGCGGUCGAUCAUUCGGCUGUAUGCGUCAGUGCCGAGUUAGAGGACCUAACAGCUUCAGUUGAUUUCAGUGACACCAUACUUCAAAUGCAGUGCAAGAUCGGAGCUUUCAAUAUUUCACACUUCACACACAGGUGUCUUUUUCAGAUGUUUAUGUGGUACAAUAAUGUAUCUUGUUAGUGUUAAUCAUAACUUAAGGCGCACGACGGAAUUUAGGUGAUGUACAUAUGUAACAGACUGGGUUUGAAAUGACGAACAAAGUUCUCUGACGGCACGAGGAUAGUGAUCGUGCGCGGACAUCUGGGUAAUUGGCAGAGACCAGUUUUAAUGAUAAAGUAGUAGUUUUCUAAUUUACGUAGUAUGCCAAAGUUACAAAAGUGUUCCAAGAUAAUGCAAAAAACUCCGUGUCUUAGUUUUAACACAAACCGAAGUUGCAAAAUAUAGGUGUGAACGUCCGCUAAGACUGAGUUUGAAUUUGUUUUCAUUUACAAAGCUCUGAUGGUUUCUGGGAACUUGGUCAUUUCAACGGCAUAUUGUUAUCCUGUAAUGACAUCAUCUCGUCCAAAUCACUAUUCACGUCUGCAAGGCGUCCGUCCAGCGGUCGCCGGGAAAAUCCAGGCCCAGGAGCGCACGGAUUUCUCACGAUCAUGUACAAACGCUCCUCCCUUCACUUAAAGAGACGCAGAUCUUCUUCUGUGGAGAGGACUGGUAAAGAGGAAGACCAAUAUAAAGACCAGCACGAAGUGCACGUCAAUAUUCAGCCGUUUGAUGUCGUGUUGUGGUGCCCAGCUAUCGUUUCGGCUCUUAACACGUUUGAUGUAAGCUUGUUAGAGAAGUUUCGUUAUUUGUCUGAAGACAAGAAUGACGCCGAGAAGACAGAAAAUAUGUUCAUUCCUAAGAACGACGAAGAAGCGGAAAAAGCUGAAAGUCUCACUGUUAAUGUUGAACUCUUACCACUUCUUUUUGUCAACAUGAGAAAUCUAAGAUUGUUCAUUCCGGGUUUAUUCGCCGGGAAGGAUCCAAACUCGGCACAGGAAUCGGGAAGAAUUCAUUCUCAAGAGGACAUGGCUGUAGUUCAACUUUCAACAGUCGCAGUUUCUCCUCACCCUGACAACCCAAACUCCAGGAAAGUUUUGAAUCACAAGUUUUACGAAAAGUUUCGUAAAUUCGGUCGUGGCUCCAGGCAAGCCCUGGGCUAUGACAUCCAUGAUGUACAGUACCAGAUUGAUCUGUGCGGGUUUGGCGUGUGGACGGGGAGUUGGGAACAACUCUGCGGGAAACACAAACAUGAGGAUGACCAGGAACUAGUUGGUAUUGCAGUGGACCAGAAUCCAGCACUCGAGUGGAACACUCAGAUGUGGUAUGUGUUUGUUAAAGAUGUCGUAUUCAGUGGUUUGACAUAAAAUACGAACAAUCGAUAAACCAUGCUAUAUUGGCCUAUAAUUCAGAUGAGGGUGUUCAUGAAAUGCGCGAUGAAUUAUCAAUCGAUCAGUCAUAUAGCGGGUAGUAAUGACGUAAACAACAUGGUAGUUUCUGUUUAUAUCUAUUUUUCAUAUGUUCAGUCAAAUAUCCUGUUCUUAUGAAAGUUUUUGGUUGAAAAGGUCAAGAUCAAGUGGCUGAUUCAUUCAAAGUUGUGUUGGUCUAGUCCGCCGGUCACUUGCACUCUGUUUUCUGUCUCAUCCAUUUAAAUUCAAACCGACUCUUCCAGUUUGAAGUGGAAAUUAUUUUCUUAAAGAAGAGCAGCAACUCUAACCUGAAAAUACUGUUAUUGGCUAAAUAACGAGGAAAAUAAAUCGAAAUGAGCCAUCAAAGGAAAUAUGGUAUGAUAAUCUGGAAAUACCAAGAUGAAACACAGUUGUAGGUGUGUAAUUAAUGUACCAGAUUGCUUAAAGAAUGACCCUAUGAUUGGCUUUCUCUCUUUAUCAGGCGUGGCACAGAGGAAGUUCGCGUCACUCAAAUAAUUUCCGGUUCAGACUUUAGAGUGGUUCUUGCUCCCGCGAUAUCAGUGGAGAAAUACGUGGCAGUGGACCGCUCAACAGUGUCUGAAAGAAUCCAAGUCUGCGGGUGGUCGCUGGAGUUUAAUGUCGUCACAGACGUAGAUUGUUUUCUUAACAAGGAACAGGUAUACUGACACCAAAAGAAUUAGAUAAUGCACUCAUUGUUGUAAACCGGAGAGUAAUCGCACAUCGUAUAGCACAAGUGUACAUGUGUUCUUUACUCAAAUUACAGUGUUUUUACCCAAUUAACGCUGAGGCGUUUAUCCAAUUUUCAGCGUUUCGAUGCAGCGUUUAUUCAAGGGCUGCGUGUAUUUAAAAAUCAUAUCUCUCAAAUUAGUCAGCAAUAGAUAAAACGUAAUUAUUAUUUCAAAGGGAAUCGUGGUUAAGUUCCAAUAAGUCUUUCUUGGCCAAAAUAUAAACGGAAUCGUACUUCUUUUCCCUUCCAAUCCUCGACUACCUUCCCAUUGUUGUGGCUGUGUGCAGCCUUCAUUGUUUAUUUUUCCUCAAUUUGCGGCGUUUAAUUGAGUAAAUACGGUUUUGUCCAGACCCAUACAGAAGUCAUCUUCAGAGUCAAGUGAAUAGUUUUUCGAGGUAGUUUUUUUUUUGUUAGUCGUUUGUGUGGCUGGCCAGCAACAAACGAGUCGAAUUAAAUGACCUGUUUUACCAACAGAUUGAUACUGACCAACUGCAACGGACGAACGCUAAAUAGGCUCCAUAGCUUUACGGCAAAUCUGACAAAUCAAUUUCCUCAAGCUAAACUUACUUUGCAUUCAACUGGCAACUCUCUUCAGGGAUUAUUAUGAUUUUUGGGUAACGCCAGAACCAGCUUCCCAAGUUGAGGUUAUUUAGAUACUUAGAUACUUAGAUACUUAGCAAUAAUCACGAUUUUGAGUAACUAGCCUAGAACACAAUGUAAUUUUUUUUGACAGAUUCAGCUGCUUCAGACUCUCUCUGCAGAGAAUCUAAAAACCCUCUCCAAUUCGUUGAGCGUACCUUUGAAUGAGAGCGCCAAAGCGUCUUCUGACUCUUCUGUAGUCCGUGGCCCAGACGAUGUCUUUUUGCAAAGUGUUGACAGAAUCGACAGCGGGUUUGAGAGCACACGUAGUAAUCUGUCUCCAAAUUUCAGAAAAGACAGGAGUGGAAUUUCAAAAUUUCCUGUGGAAAAAGGCUCGUGCAAUACGUACAAACCACCUGAAAAACAAAGUGAAGUUCCGUGGGAAGUCUUCCUUACCGGAAGGAAACUAUCAGCAGCAGUUUACUCUCAAUUUCUACUCGAAGAUAAAUUCGAAGACAGAGUCUUUGCCUCUAAACAAAGUAUGCCGGGGAGGGGCAAAUCUAUUCAGAUUAAACCUGUUUUACGAGUUGAACUGGUUCAUCCUGCUCUGAUCGUGAACACUCAGUCUAGUGAUCCAAGGAUUCAGGUUUCCUGUUUUGACAUCAGCAUCACUGGACCUUCUACUGAAAAAGGUACAAGAUUUUCUUGCAAAUUUAGUUGCAGCUGAAGGAGCAACGUUUCCGUUCGUGUAUCUUUAAAAUGUAUAUGUUGUCUACAUUUUUCAAAUCGAUGCUAGCAAUCCGUGUCAGUCAUUCUCCUCAAUCUUUAACCCUUUCAUUCCCAAGAUCUCAUUAGUAAUUCUCCUUAAUGUCUGUCCUACAAUUCUUAUGAUUUUAGGUUGGAGGAUUUGGUAUUGGGUAACUGAAUAAUCCCCUAAUAGAUAUUUUUCUUGUUUCUCAUCACUAUUCAGCUCAAUAUUAUAAUGAUAUUGUAAGGAGAAAUUCUGUCUUGGUCAGGUAUGAGAGUUAAAGGGUUAGACAUCCUGGUUUGUUUUGUACCAAAUUCUUUGUAGCUUUUUUAUUUUCAAGACCAUACUGCUAUUCUUAAGAUACUUUCAAAUUAACGCAACUUUGCUCGUUGCCGAAAAAAACUGCCUGUGAAGUGCUUUUUGAGAAGGUUGAAUUGAUGUAAUGCGAGAAAACGUGGACGUGAUGGGAGAUCAGCGUGGAGGAAACAACACCCUGGUAAGGUGGGCUGACACAGAUGUUGGUUAAUACUCUUGAAAACUGACGCAUGCCAUUGUUUUUCUUUUGUUCCAGUGUUCAAGCCGCUGCCUGAUCCAGCUGAUUAUACUGAGGAUUGGCUUAAAAGUGGAACUGGGCUCCCUGAUCCUCACAGUGGUAUUCUGCCAUCACUUGUGACUGUAGACAUCACAGAUUUCCUUUGUGGCAAAGGUAAUAAACAGGAAUUACUUUCUUACUGGCUUAAAAGAAUUCUCAAAACGCUAAUGUCUUUAGAGAUUUCAUACAUUCCUUGUUCACAAAGCGCAAAGUAGACGUGACACAAAAUCAGAUUCUAAUGUAAAUGCAACUGUUCUUUUAUUUCAGCUGACGUGUUUGUAGAACUGGGCCGUUCUCUUCACCUGAACUUAAACCUUGAAAUGGCUGAAGAAAUGACAGAAUUCCUAGACGGCCUGGUCGUUCUUAAAGAGGAGCAUUUAGGAGCCAAGGGUACCCAGAUGAGAGCGUCAGGAAGGACAUCUCCUUUGAGGUCCUUUUGUUUGAAUACCUCGGAAAUAUUUAUUCAUAUGGAGGCUCCUCCAAUUCCCGGCAAACCCAAACUGCUUGGCAGUCUACUUGGAAUUGAGUCAAAAAUUUGUCUCAAACUCGAUGAACAAGGUAUGUUUGAGCAGAUCAUGUGCGUACUUGUUUUUGUAAUUGCCUGUUUUAAGGUUAUUCCACAGUGAGUCUGUGGACAAGAACACAGAUAAAAGCUCUCCGGUCCUCAAUUAAGCCUUUAAACCCCAACAUCAGUAUACAUAUUCUUCAUACUGUUUUCUACACAUUCCCUACGGUGCUGAAAAUGAGAAUGUGUUUAACAAUCAAGAGCUUCCUUGUUGGUGAUUAUUUCUUAUGUUCUCGAGACCCUAACGUGUGGGGGAGGGGGGAGUAUUGUAAGGAGAAAUUAGAUACAAGUCACUCUUGGGGUUCAGAGGAUUAAUGAAGUUAACCAUCAGAGAAUAACGGGGGUAAGUUUCUAAUGAAAUUGUGGUGCUGCGUCAGUGGGAGAGUAUAACAGGUAAUUUAGUGUUAACAACUGGGUUGAAAACGUAAAUUGGCCACCAUAAAGAAUAAAAAAGCUGACGUUUCGAGCGUUAGUCCUUCGUCAAUCGCUCUGACGAAUGGCUAACGCUCGAAACGUCAGCUUUUUAACUCUUUACGGUGGCUAAUUUACUUUUUAACGCAGUUGUUCACACUAAAUUACUAACCAUCAGAGAUCUUAUUAUGGGAAUCAUUAAUGUCAACUAAAUCUCAGUUUCUUCUCCAUGGCUCCAAAAAUCUCAAUAGAACAAAACAUUCCAUACUUAAGGAAUAUUUAUUUAAGAGUUUUUCGCUUUUAACUUUCUGUAUCUUAUAAUAAAAUCUUCUCAAUUCGAGUGGAGGUUAAUUAUUUUCAUUCCAAACGUGUAUUUAUACUAUUGUUUGUUUUCGGCAUUUCAUAUACAAGGAAACUUAAAACGAGCAGACACAAGAUUGCAGUUACAUGGAGUGGGUUUAUCUACCUCAGUAUACGACAGAUGUCGUUCGCUGAUUCAUCCGUUUAGCUGCUCCGUCGAUUUGGAGAUGGUUUGGGAGCCUCACAGUCGCGAUCUGUGUCUGCAGAGGUAUGUGUUUAAUUUCUAGAUAACUUACAGUUUGUUUUCCACCGGAGGCGUGUUACUGCUUUUCAGAGGUGGAUCCAAGGAACCCCCUUUCCUCGUCAGACCCGUGGACCUCCUGUCGGACACCAAUGUUCAAACGUCAGGAUCGCGAGUUACUACUCAGUAUGAAGUAUUUAAUACUUACUUGCCUUGAAAAAAAUCACAGCUUAUUCUAGGCUGUGGUGUAACAAAAAACAGUAUUUUUUUUUUCUGAAUCAAAGUUUAUUCCCUCCCUCUCCCCUCCUUGUUCUAACUUGCCUCCUUCAAGAAGGGUGAUGAUCUCCAAGCCGUUUCUGUUACGCAAAAUUUUGUUGCUGCUACAUGUUCUGGUUUUUUGAGAACAAGUUAAAAGCAGACAGCAUUGUUGUCUGAAUGUUUUUGUUGCGUCCUAAAUCUUCCUGCUUCACAUACCGUCGACGACUUUAAGUUGACUCGGAAAUUCUCCUCUGAUGCAAUGUUUAAAAACUGGAACCAGAAGUGGCCACAGAAAUUAACGUGUGUAUUAUCACACGUAUUAGUUUUUCAUUUUUUCCAAUUGGACGUCUAAAGUUGUUUUGCAAUAGUUUGUUUGAAAACCCGGUGGUUGCCAGUUUGUGCUCAUAUGAUAAAUAUCCUUGUUUGACCGAAUAAGCUUUCGUUACUUGUUUUUCUUGCCAGUGGCCGCGGUAUUCCUCAGCUCUACGCGGUUAUUGAAGCCGGAUUCGUACAGGUCGAUGUUGGUCAAGAGCACGUGGCUUGCCUUAGUGUCCUCGCUGAUCUUGCUAAACAGUUUUUCAGUCCAACCACGGUAAAUCAAGAAAUGGAGGAACAUUGUGUUCAUAAGAGUGAUCUCACACCCGUGAAACCUGAGCGGGUUGUUCUAUUUGAGUCUUUUGACGAUAUUCGGGCUGGCUGCUUUAGAUACGUAACUGCCUCAGGUAAUGGAGAAAAAAGUGUCAUUGAAACGUGUACAAAACAGCCUUUUAGUCUUUCUUGAAUUUUGAGUUUACUGACUGGCCAUGGCCAUGUACUUCAGAACAAGUUUCAACAAAUUAUGUUUGCCUUGUUACAGGGGAGGGAGAGGCGCAUCAUCCAGAGCCGUGGGAAGUUGUGUUUACAUCGGAAUUUAGUGAAAGACCUCCUGCGAUGACUUGGAGAUACCCCGAGCCCCGAGCACUGUCUGCGGUUGAUAUGGUACCCCUGCCUCUGUCGACACCUGUUUUGGUGAACACUUUGAACAUGGGCGAUGAAUAUCAGGUAUCACAUGAUAUGCUAAAGCAUUUUGGAAUAAUUUUGCUAUCUGUGGUCUACACACAAAGUGUAGGUGUAGGUAAUUUUGUAGCUCUAAAGAAUUAACGAGUUAUCCAAGUUGUAGCCAAAAGCUAAUUCAAGUGUUCUUAAUUUUGCUUUUAUUCUUCUCAGGUACCGUGUGUUCUUCGGUAUUGGGAUCCAACUCAGAAAUGUUUCAUUACUUACAAAGAGUUCACCCUGUCGGAGAAUAAUGCAACUCACAUUCCACUCCCUGAUCCCUCUAAAGCCCACCCCGCAGAAGUGAUUGUCGCUGCCGAGUGGCAGAUGGUAGUAGACGUGACGGUGGACAUUGAAUACCCGGAUGAUAGAAGGUUCGUGACACAGUCACACAGUUAAUUUGUAUUUAUGAAUAAGGGAGACUAAUAUGGUGAACUUGAUCCUAGAAUUCUCCAUUUUUAAGUUUUUGCACUGUCGUCUCGUUGGUGAUUUACCUGUAAAAGAAAAAAACAUUGAUGCGUAAGGUGAUAGGUCUGUUCCAGUUGUUCUUGUUGAUUGAUAGUCUUAUUGGUUGCUGUUCUUUCGGAUGUCGCGUAGGACUCCUAAGUAAAUCUUUUGUGAUACAUUACAGACCUUUACUAGGUUUGAUCUUCAGGCGUGAGUAGCGCUCAUACCAACAAAGUGGCGGCCGGAGGCUCCGUAGUGAAGCAAAUCGUGAAAAAAGCUAUCUAGAUGCGUAUGGUUCUUGGCGAUCUCAGUUGUUUUGUCUGCAGUUAAAGGUUCAGGGUUAUUAUCUUGUGUUUCCUUGACUAAGUACUUUAGUAGGCAAACUUUUAUUGUUUUUUCACAGCCACGAUGAUGAUGAUUACAUAACCACCUCUUAUGCGUCUCCAUACCGGUCUCUACUGAGUGCUGCUUCACUGGCAGCUUCUGUCAAAGUGAACUCUGUGGUGAAGCCGGAUCUCAAUCCCGCCUUGUCAGCUCAGCUGAAUAUCAGCAUGUUACAAGUCAAGUUCACCAAUCACCUGCACGCGAUCGGCCGAGGUAAGAUAAAGAUUAUUCUGUCUUUUCUGCUUAUAUGGUAUGUUUUAACGUAACCUUUCUCGAAUAUAGAAGAACACUUCUCGUUCAGCUCUUCUUCUUUUUCUGUAUGCAUUGGAACUGUUAUCAUUUUAGUAGACUGUUAAAAAGAAAAAGAACGGUUAAAGCCGUUGUGUGGUAGAGAACAACUGCUCAGAAAAUUUGGGAGAAUAUAAGCAAUUCUUCGGAGACUGCCUUUGAAAAUGGUGUGCUGAAAAAGUAACUCUUUAACUACAUCUCCUUCACUUCUGGUUUACAAAGGUUUGCUCGGCUCUUAAGUUUAAAUUUCUGUAGUUAAUUCGGGCUUUGCCCUCAUCAACUAUCACAAGAUAGAAACAUCGAGCUCGUAAGCUUAUUUUUACAAUUAUAGGCUGGUGAGGGGCAGUGUUACAGUUUCUGUCUCGCCCAACGCAUGAGCCGUGUAGGGCUCGUACCCAGACUUUUCAAUCACAAUCCAGCGCCUGUACACUCACUCCCAAGAACUCGUUUAUUAAAGUAACUAUUUCGUUCUUACAUUUGUAGUUAUUCCCCAGUACCUAAGGCAGUUUACUAUAGAUCCCUUUCUCCCAACGGACCAAGAAUUUUUACUUCUGAGCGUUGAGGGGCUCAGUGGUGUCAUCAAGGAUGUUGGAGGGACUGGAGGGUUCUUACAAGUUCAGGCAGAGUGGAACUGCCACGCGCAGGUGCUGGACUAUGGGGACCUUACCCAUAGACCUCUCUUGAGCCCUUUUGAUGUGGGCCUUACCGUGGCCAUGUACCACGAAGGAAGAGUAAGACAGUCGUUCCUGUGGUAAUUUACAUCAGAAAAAUUUAAGAUUGAUAACACAAAAGGAAUUCGUAAUCAAGAGGAAAAUGCCUUUGCUUGCUUGCUAAGUAUCGAUUUGAAUGUUCUCAGCAACAAUGUGGCUGUUUGGAGUUAGUCUCAGCUUUCGUUCACCUUGAUAAACUACUCGUUAUCAGCUUUGUAACAACAAUUGUAGAGGAAUCAGUAUAUUAUGCUUUUUUAAUUGGGUUUGUAUUUUAUUUCAUUUUUACUCUCAUAGGGGUUGGGAACGUGAAGCCAACGUUGAUAAUGUUCCAUUCGCCUCCAAAUGAAUUUCUGUGUCAAUUGAAGUUCUAAGGAAAGAAUCCAUGAUUCUCAUCUUUCAUAUCAUUCAUUUGUCUGUCCCCAAAUUAAUCUUCAUUUUUAACUUAAAUUUGUUAUGUUGUUUCUCUUGGUUGCUUUGAUGUUAUUCUCUUAUUACGCAGACCGUGCCCCCUAAAGCCGAAGAUCGCCCCACGGUUCCCCCUGUGUGGAUUGAUGCUAGUCUUGAAGCGGGAACAAUCUUGGCACAUGUCAGUCAAAGUACAAUCCACACAAUCGCACUGUCCGCCACGGCUUGGUGUCAAACUGGACAGAGUGAGGCUCAGAGGGUUAUUUUUAACCAUUACGUUAUCUGCAAUGACACCAACGAGGCUCUAAGAUUUGGUCAGGUGAGGAAGGAAUGGGUUAGGAAUGACGGGUUGCUGAUGUUGUUGUUGGUUGCUACCUUUACUACGGUAGAAAUACGUUUUGAAUUCUGGAAUAACGAUUUCUACGGAGCAGAAAAAAGGAGUCUCUUCUGAAGAAGCGCUUGUUCACUAAUUUUAUCCAAUUCCAGUACUGUUGUUUCGUUGACAGCACUGUAAAAUGAAGACAGGACUGUAAUUUGGUGUAAUUUUGUCCAUUCAGUUACUGUAGUAUUUGAGACGUUUUACUGAUACUUUAGUAUAGUUUUUAUUCGUUUUAAACAAGUUGUCAGUUUAAGGUAGUAAUUUGAAGUAUUAUGUACUGUAUAAGAACCACUUAUUCUACCGUCUGUGAUUGGUCACUCUCUGAACCAACAUUACCAUUUAGAUUGGCUGUUGUGAUCAAGAUACAGCAAGCCAUUGAAGAGUGUUCAUAUUGUUGUUUUUUCCCACGCCUACUUUCAGGUGGACACAGACGAGUCAUUGUUAUUAAUGAGCCGUCACGUGCAUGCGUAUAGUUGGCGAACACCACAUACUGUGAAGGCCUGCCCCAGGCUACACGUGUGUAUCGAGACCGAGGGAGACUGGCGCUGGUCAGAACCUUUUGAUAUUGAUACUGUUGGCGUGUUUAGUCGAACUAUUCAUCAUCGUCUACACAGUGCAACUCUGUUCAUCGAAGUUAAACAGCUUUCUGGUAUGCAGAAGCAAGUAAGUCUUUCAAAACAUCUACUGUCAGAAUCGGCAAGGAUAAUUGGUCAAUAAACUUCUCUAAAUGGCAAGCUUCAUUAUCGUUCUGUAAUGUGGAUGCAAAUGCGCCUUCUCAUAGAUUUUCCGCGACUCCUUGACCCCCAAGUACUGAUGUCAUUGGUUGAUAAGUGAUUCCGUGCACGAGUUUCAAUGUAUUUCGUCAAGUAUACAUUUCCAUCAUACGUUUCCCCUCAUCGAAUGUGAUUUAUGUGUUGGAAAAGCACGUGAUCUGGGCGUGGCAAAAGCCGAUGGCGUGAUGCUUUUGCGCUAUACGUCAAUGAAAACAGCCGAUAUUUACAAAUGUGUUGACCAAAAGAUUGAAGUUUAACGUAGUGGGCGUCAUUUGCCAUUACUAAGCUAAUGGUAAGGGGAAGUCCCGUGUUUCAACUUCAGGAUUUCCUUUUGAAGGUUAAGGCUAUGCUUUUGAGUAAAUUUCAGCAAAAUAUAUUCAGCCGUUUCAGAAUUAUGAUUGUUCUAAGCUUUUUGUUGAUUUAUCAGCUGCGACAUCAUACUGUUUACAUACGCACAAAGAACAGAAAUGGGCUAUAUUUCCUACGUGGACUUAAAACUGUGCUUUUUUCACAAUUUUUUUUAUGUCUGUUUUUUUUCAGGUUAUCAUUCGCGGAAGUCAUAUCAUUGUUAGUCGCCUUUCAAUCGAUGUUGAUGUGCAGAUUCUUACCAACCCCUCCCUGAACACUGAACAGUCAUCCAAAGCCCGUUACCAGGUACUGUUGAUAAAAUUAGGGAUGAUAAAGCAAUUUUCAAUCGAGUGUCGAAAGUAAUCUGGGAUUGCAUUGGUUUUGCUUUACUUUACUCUGUGAUUGGUCCGCAAAACUGGCGCCAUUCCCUCGAUCAAUCAGAUACAAAACUAAUACCAAUCACUACUUGGUCGUCACACGCGUUUUCCCGCGCUUCAGCCGGGCUGUUUGGUUGGUUUUACUCUGCGUUCUCAUUGGCUCUUUGGACAUAUUCCUUUCCUCUGAUUGGCCGUCGUGAUAAGAAUAAUCAACGAUGGAGAGGAUAAAAGAAUUAUAUAUGGUGAACUUGAAAAAUCUUUUCAACCAUUUUAAGUUCCGCCACUUGAUUGUGAUGUAGUUCCUCAAGUAUCCAAAAGCUAUAAUUCUUAGGAAAUUAACUUUGGUUUUGAUAAUGGUGUUGAAAACCACCAUUUAAAAAGUCUGCUCAAUUUAGGUUCUUGAGGAUGUUUCCCUGCCAGCCAACACAACAUUGCCAUCUUAUGUCAUUUCUCACGGCGGCCUAGCAGGCAUGCGCAUUCGUAUUCCUAACGAUACCACGUGGUCUGACGCGUUACCACUGGAGUAUGGAGAGGGAGAGAGUACAGGGCAUCAUUGUAUUGUGCAGGUAAUUAUGGGCAUAUAUUUUGAUCUAUUUAUGUUUAUAAGUUUGCUAAAUCAAUCAUGGCGAUGACAAGCGGCACCGAAAGUGAACGCUCCUGUCAAUCAGAUCAUGACUGCUUUUUGUCCCUGACUCAGAGCCCACUUGGGAAACUAAAUCAUGAUGCAUCCAUCAAUUGAAAAUAGGGGAAAAGCUCAGGCGAAAUAGUAAAAUUUCAAUCCCCUUUUGUACUUUACUUUCUACAUUUUCUGUCUCUAAACCUUGAUCUUUCCAGUGCGAACUACUGUGAAGGACGUCGCACGGCUUUGAAAUUUUUAUAGGAAUUAAUUUCCAUAGAUUUCAUGUGGCUGUCAAUUUGACUGUUAAUACCUUUGCACUUUACUCGACGUCGUUUUGAAAAUAGGCUUCAUCCGAACGAGCCUAAGGUAGAACUUUGCUCUUGAAAGAAAGGCCUUUGGUGAAAAGCUGUUUACUUUUUUACAGCUUCUCGGAGUUAAAGAUUUCCAGACGUUUUAUUUCUGGUACAACUUAGAGAAACCUGGAUCUCCAGAUCAAAUUAAGGUAAGCAUUUCUCUUUACCUUUGGACUGCAUCUUGAUUUUGGUGUGCAGGACGUGACCAAUUGUACGACAGUUGGAUUUCAUUUUUGCUUGAUAUUGAAAUAAUCAAAAGCAAUUUUUUGGGUGUGCGGCGUCAAAUAAUCUACAAGUAGGAGUGUGUUGGUGAACGCCAAAGGUCGUUGUCCGCCAAAGUCAGCGUUUGAAGAAAUAAAAGCAUAGGAUUUCUCCGUUGCAUUCUUUUAAGUCUGAGUUGGCAAGUUUUGCAUGGCCCUUUGAGCUAUUUUUUUUUCCAGUGGCGCUUUAAAAACGUUUUAUUACCGAAAUUUGAGUUUGUGUCCUUGCCUCAAAAAUCUUGAAGUGUCUUGCGAAAUAAAACGUCACAACACUGCGUUUUGUAUGAAAAAAUUGGAAAGAAUUUUCUUUCAAAAAAAAAGUUAGACGAGGGUGUUCGUCUUGCAUAGAUUUGACUUUUGUUCUGCAAGACUGUAGAAUUUCACUGCUCCACUAUUGUCUUAUUGACAUUGCUUUCUAGGUGACCUUAUCUCCUCUGUUUGUUAUGCGGAGCCAUCUGCCCGAACCAGUCCUCAUGAAUGUAUUCACGGCCAAUACGAACUCGGCUUCAGUCCUUCAACUGCAAGGCCGAGCACGUGAACAACAGAUGUAUAGCCUAAUUCCGAACUCGUGGCAUCACCUGACUUUUCAAUUUACUGGCUCAAGUAAAUGGUCCAGUCCCUCUGUGCCACUGAAUACCACACUGAUAGAAUUAGCUAAUAGGAUGAACAAUAAUGACGAUAAGGAAGAGGACAGACCGCUGGCUGAUAUUUGGCCGUACUGCGAGAAUCAUCAGUAUUUUCGGUAAAGGCAAACACUGUUCUACCUCUGUUACUAACUGGUACAUCUGUACUAUAUUGAAGAAAAAGAAUUCUCCAGAAACCUCCUACAUUUUUAUUUCCGCCGGUAGAGGAGAGUAUUUACAGGUUAACGCACUUAGCGAAUUAUUAUCGGGAUUUGACAGAGAAACUUCAAUACUCGGCUUGCCGAGUGCGGUAUUGACAAUUCCGAGUUCAUUGUUUGUGAACGAUAAUUCACGAGCAAUGAGUUCGUCCACAUUUUUAUUAUUCAAAUUGAAUACACUGCACAAAGAAACAGUGCAUUGAAACCACUAUAUGCUGAACUGUUGACAACACGUAAAAACGCGUUAACUAACUUGAAUGAAGAAUUUAAAAUUCGCAACCUUUCCUUUCAAAACAGAUAUUCCCCAAGCAGUUGCCUUCUUGGUGUUUCUAGGUAUUGCAUUAUCAUUAAGAGAAUCACUAACCGCAUCUGACAAAUCUUCCAACUUUGAGUCAGCCGUAGCUAUGGUGUAAGGACAGUGGUGGGUUGAAUUUACACCACGGCUAUUACACCACGAUAAUGACGUCAAGGAGGUUGUUUCGUAACAACCCAGUAUCACGUAAUACAAGUCUAUCAAUCAGAAAAUCGAAAUUCGUACAGUGAAUAAAAGUUGAAUAAUAAAUAAAAUUACUCCGAGCCUUUUUUCCGUACCAAAUGUAAGACGCUGUGUAUAUACUCACAUUGUCUUAUAAAAUUUUGUAAGGAGGGAAAUUUAUCUUAGACACAUUUUCCAAAAUCAGGUCUUGAUACUACUUUUCAAAAUAUUUUUUUAGGCGAUGUGAUAUUAUAUCAGAGGAGAAACCAGAGUCUUCUCUGGUGAAGAAUUUAUCACUUGGUGGUGACGUGAACGAGGAUAAAACACAACUUGGAACCAAGAUAGAUGCACCUUCUCAAGGUCAAAGUUGUUUGUUACGUGAUUCGUAUGACUUUGCUUUAUUUUUUAAUGUGUUAAGAAACUUAUGACAACCGGAAUGAGAGGAUAGGUGUCAUGCUUUGUUUGAAACAAUAAUUUAACUCUACAGGCUGACAGUUUCAAGACGUAAGGAGAGAAUUGUUACUGUGCUUUAAUACUUUCACUCACAAGAACCCGUGAGAAAUUCUCGUUAUUGUGUGUCAUACAAUUCUUAUGUUGUUAGUUUGGAGAGUUUGGUGUUGGAUCAACCGAUAAUCAAUCCUCUAAUUGAUAUUUUCCUUUAUUCUUAUCACUUGUCUGCUUGAUAUUGUAUGGAUAUUGUAAGGAGAAAUUCCGUUUUGGUCAGUCACAGGGGUUGAAGGGUUAACCAAGGGAAGGCCAUGCGUAACACAUCACAGAACGACAAAAGGCAAAAAACAACAACAACAACAAAAUAAAAACGCAAAUGACCGCCCGACUGAUUGCACGCGAAAUUUUGAGUGUAGCAACAAUCUGGCUCUACAAAUUAUCUUCAUAACCGCCAUCAUCCAUGAUUUUAGAGAAUGUAAUGCUUUUACUUGCAAUUUAUUUCUUUGUACAGAUAUGCGUGAAAACCCGUCCUCAAUCCCUGCUAUUGAGGUACAGUGCCGCGUGAUAAAACGGUGGCCUCAUCUCAGCUCGCUAUUGGUUGAAGUAUUACCCUGGUGUUUGCUGGUUAACAACAUUGCUGUGCACGUGAUCAUCAGGGACCUGGAACGAGACGUUGAUAUAGAUUUGCCGAGUGGCUCAGUCGUGGCGCCUCACAGAAUCACAGUAUGAGAACUCAUAUUGUUUUUGAGAAUUAUUAAAUCGUCCUAAUCAACCAUAGUACAUUACGCGCCUAUACUGUUAAAUCCGUCACUUUCACUCGUCAUUGUUUUGGUUUGUUUGUUUUUUUUUUUUUAUUCGCGGUUCUCAAACAUGUGCAUCCUUGCAGGCGUAUUCUAUCAGCGACUUAAAUUUGGUGUUUUCGAUAUCAAAUCACAAAACUCAACUUUUUAGGUUGAAAAGAAAGGUUUCUUUUUAACUUGACACAAUAGUAGCUUUUUCCUAAGUUGACACCUGUGGAAAUUUGAAUGUCAUUUUUGUUUAUAUGCCAAAACACAGCUUUAAAUUAUUCUUGGAACAUGUUAGCAACUAGAACAUCAUUUAAUCAAUGCUCAAACAUAAUGAAAACGAGGAGUAGGGUUUUUUUUUUGGUUUCUUGGUUCUUUUUUUGUUCUUUUGAACCAAUUGACUGUCUAGAAAUUAUUUACUCAGGGAAAAGUGAAGUUUGGUGCUUAUUUUGGAAACAAAGAUGGCAGUUGGUCCGAAGCAGUGUCUCUUCCAUCGGAUUCACCCAGCACUCGAGAGGCAUCCUCAAACGAUGUCGAUGAAGGCCUGUCUGUUCCGAUCGCUUUCGUGUUGAGUUCGGGUGAUAUUCGUGGUGCUCGUUGGACCAUUACAUCUCGGAUGUGUCGGGGAAUCAAGAUCGUAUCAGUUGAGCAGAGAUUUCAAAUGAUAAACAAUUUUGGAAAGCCUUUAGUUGUCCAUCCUGUUCUAGUGACCUCUGGCAAAAAGGUAACCAAUGAUCAUUCUAAUUUGUGUUAUCUUUUAGCAAAUGUCGAACUCGACUUACAACACACACUCUCUUCAAAGCUUUUUCUCAUAUUUUUAUGCUGAGUGUUUUUAAAGUUCUUUUAUAUCUCUAUCAUCCAAUUGGGUGGAGGAAAGAAUUAAGGUAUUCAAUAACUUUUCCAACGUUUUCUUUCAAGGAGAAAAGUGAAGCCUCCUUGCGAAGUAAAUUACCGUUCAAAACUCGAUGUAGUCUAAGAAUUUCUAGAUUUUUUGAAAAAGACGACCGCAGCUCCAUGUUGACAAUCGCUGGCUUUGGAGCGGAGGGGAUUAGAGGGGGGAGGACUUGGAAAAGACUUCAAAGUUAUUAUGUAAAGAUUGGGUAAGCGGCUUAACAAAUUACUGUCUAAACAAAGACUAUGGUAUCCAUGAUUUGUGGGGUUUUUUUUAACAAGGAUUAUUAAUAGUAAUGUGUCGAAAAUAAUCCGAUUUGCAUUGGUUUGUCUUUCCUUCGCUCCGUAAUUGGUCCUGAGAUCACUCGCUACCGUCACUACUAGUCAGAUAUAAAAUUAACGUCGGAGUCCAUUUACAUUCGUUUUUUCAGAAUUCUCGUUUACCCAAUGUGAUAUUUACUCUGUGUUUGAUUCAUUAUGAUUAACUAGACACUCUUCCACUGUAGUAACUAUUGCAGCUCCUGCUUUUCCCAAACAAGGGAUUUAAUCUGUGAAAUAGGCUUCCUAACCAGGAUGCUCAUUCCUUGAAUCAAUAGAUACCAGUGGAUAAUCUGACCCGAGCUACUGCAGUUAGUUUGUCCAGCGAUCCCAAGCAGUUUAUGCCUAUCACCUCUUGGGACGUGCCUUCUUCCACCGCCGUAGUAGUCAAUGAAGAAGGGGAAUCUUCAUUUAGUGGACAAACAUCUCCUGUGUUGUUUCUCGCCUUUGAAAAAGAACCGCAAUCUUCAACUAGUGAGGUGAAAAACCUUAAAUGGUCACGUGCUGUGCUGGUCACGCCAGAAGUAACUCGUCAAUCCGUGGCAGUAUCCGUCGAUGAUAGCGCUACACUCCCUGUAGUUGUGACGUCACACGUUGCCAACGGUAUAGUCAACAUUGUUGUCUCCCCAGAUCCAUCACCCCGUCUGCUUCUCCAAAACGACUGCCCCUUCACACUUCAGUUUGGGCAGGCAAUACCUCCGCAAAGCCCCAGCCACGUCAGUGAUUCUCCGGAAAAGAUUGUGGUCGUGGAACAAAUGCAGGGAUUGGGUGAGAUUCCCGAAAUUGUGGCCUUCAGUUCCACUUAUUAUGAACUUCCUGUCAUGCGCGAAUGGUUUGCUACUUCUAGUGAGGUGCAGAGGCUUCCCGAAUUGCACAUCCAAGCGUUGUACGACGUGAACGUGGCAGAAAUAUCAGAGGAAGAAGGUGAGCGGGGAGAGCUAGCUGCUGAGAUGACAACUGAAGUUCCUCAAGGGUGGAGUAAUGGCUUUGACUUGAACUCUUUAAGGGAGGUGUGUGUCAACUUGCCUGGGAGGGGACAGGUUCUAUUGACUGUAACUCAAGAAAGACUUUGUACCUGCGUUAAGGUCCAACCGUUGGAAAAAGAUCGUGCGAGGGACAAUACAGUUCAAAGUGUAUCGCCUGUCUCACCAGUCAUCCAUGCUGAUUUAUUCAUUUGUCAGGUAGGGGUGACGAUUAUAGAUGAAGUUACGAACUUCCGAAAUCCUUACGAAGUUUUCCGAAUAACUGCUGAAGGUGUCUCCGUGAAACAUUCUGCGGAAGAAACUUUGAGGGAUAGAAGUCAUGAUUUCCGGGACUUGUCUUUGUGCGUUGGAGCAGUUCAGGUCGAUAAUCAAUUGCAAGACGACAUGUACGAGUUUUCAGUGAUUCUAACACCAAGCAAUGCUCCAAUGACGAUUAAGAGAGUGCCGUCGCAGCGAAGACCUGGUCAUCGCUCAAGAGCUAAGCCGCUGGUCAGUAUCAAAAUUGUGUAUGAGCCUGGUCCGAGCGCAGAAGACAUAUUCCUUAGCUCUGUAUGUGUUACUCUUCAACCGCUGACAAUGUACAUCGAGGACACUUUUCUUUAUCGUCUAGGGGAUAUGGCCGUAUCAUUUCUGCCUCCUCUUCUUUACCACUCGUCAACGUCAGUUAGUCACUUGGAGGGUGAUCGACAUAAAAUUCUAAAUGCAGCUUGUUCAAAUGUUCGACCAAUAUUAAUGGGCGAGCUGAAAAUAACUCCCGUAACGUUUAGCGUCACUCUCCACGGCUCUGCCAAGCUCUUUUUGUCUGUUGAUGAUUCUCCUCUAUCUCUUGGCCAGUUUCACAUGUCUCCGGUUUAUCUCCCAAGUUCUGCCCUCGUUCAGAAGCUCACUUAUCAUUACGUGACCGCAGCGCUAUUCAAGGCAGGCUGGGUAUUGGGUUCUCUUGAACUUCUCGGGAAUCCCGCAGGUUUAGUGAGAAGCUUUAGUCAAGGGGUAGCUGAUUUCUUUUAUUUACCUUAUGACGGGCUGACUCGCGGGCCUGGCGCGUUCGUGUCGGGCAUGUCCCGAGGCAUGUCGUCUUUCGUUAGGCAUCUUUCCACCGGUGCAUUGACGUCCAUCACGAGUCUUGCGUCAAGUAUGGCUCGGAACCUGGAUCGACUAAGUAUGGAUCGCGAAUAUCUCCGACUGCUAGAGGAGCAAAGAUGCAGAAGACCAAAGAAAGUGCUAACAGGUACAAUUUAGUUGUUUUUUUUCUUCUUCCACUUUAUGUUAAACCUAAGGACUGUCUUCUGUGAAGCAGCAGUUAAACUAGCACAAUGAAACCUCCAAUACGAAAACUUCUACAGGAUUAGAGAGAGUGAUCCUUGCUUAGAGAUGUGUCUUCGAAAAGGUAACAGGUACAGAAGUCAGUGCAGUGUUUAACUCACUUGCCACCACCUUUUGUGUCCCAUGGUCGGUUUUACUACUGUUAAGGUAUCUCAAAAAAGGAGUUUUAUUGUCCUUUCUGUCAUUCUCUCGAGUAAUGUUAUUGAUCCACGCCCCAAAGGGGGGCUCAUGCCUUAACAGGAUUUGAUAAUCAAGCACUGGGUUACUGAAUCUCAGAGACAAAGCACGACAAAGUGGGUCGUGAGAAGUUUCAUAAGUUUGGCGCUUGUUUGGUGUGUUGUUCGAACGUUUCUCUUCAAAGCCAAGGUGGCCGUAAGCCUAAGAUUAAUUUAUCUUUCGCAGGAUUAUCGAAAGGGCUUGGAGGAUUCGGUCUCAGUCUCCUAGGCGCUGUAGCGGGUAUAGUAGAUCAGCCCAUCCAGGGAAUACGGCAAGCUAAUGAUGUAAGAGAAGCGGCCAGUGGUGUCAUUACUGGUGUAGGAAAGGGCCUAAUAGGUGUGGUUACCAAGCCAUUGGGUGGCGCCAUGGAGCUGGUGUCACAGACUGGGCAGGGAAUCCUACAGGGGGCUGGUUUAACAGAGCUGCCAAAUCGACUCUUCGAUCCUGGAGAAAGGUUGGCGUUUUCUGCGAAGAACAGCCAUUUGAAGUACUUCUGGUAAGGCGUCUUGUGUUUCUCUCGAUUUUUCAGUUUCAUAGCAGUUCUGUAUCCCGCUUAUUUUCGUUAAGUUCAGCCGUAUAUUUUACUACAAGGUUUAUAUUUGCAACAAUUGUAACAAUGAUUAGUGUUUUUAUGGCAAGGAGCAUUUUUUUAUACUGACGGUAUUCCAUAGAGAUCACUUUAUUUGGCUUUUACUUUUCUUGCCUAUCGUUGCAUACUUACACCAUGGCAUCGUUGCACUGUUGCAGAGAAGCUGUUACCAAACUGCUUUAACUGGCUUAAAGUUCAAAAUCAAAGCAUUUGCAGCAGCUUUAUCUCUCAUUGGGAAGAUGAGUUUGGAAACCUUCUUUAUCUAAGAACCAUACAUUCAUUUUAUAUUAUCAGGAAAAUGCUGCACAAUCAGGAAGAUCUUGAUCUUCUUCUUCACUUGGAAGCGACUGUUGUGACAUCAUCUGGGCAUGACUAUGAUGGAACUGUGCUUCUGACCAGAGACACGUUAUUCAUUGUGGGCCAGGCCGCAGAUACCAUCCAGCAAACUCUCUUUAUUAAGGACAUUGACUUGCAAGAGGAUGAAGAAGACAAUAGGAGUGUUGCCGUUGUAAACCAAGUAGUUAUUGCAAAGGACGAGAGCGAAGAGGCGGAUGGAGUGCAUGACAGUGGUGACCCAGACCGCUUGAGGCAGUUCCUUAAAGAUGCGCGGGCUCAGGCAUUAGAGCAAAUGGCUACCCUGGAUAGCUCUGACAGUAAUUUGACUUCUCCCGGUCAGAAGUUCGUUUUGCUUGUUGACCCUAUGUUAAGAAGAACACUUUUGUUACAGUUUCAAUCGGCUAAGAGGAACUUAAUUUCAGACCCGUAGCUUCCCUUUCCACAUGAAAGGGCUCUUUUGUCGUCUGGACGAAGUCUUGAGACACAUCUGUUUUUGUGGAGAAAAUAACCGCGAAAUUAAACGCCGCGCUAACCCUAAGCCAACCAUCCCCAGUCAAAUGAAAUUUUUUGCGCUUAACUUUUAAAGUGAUAAUUUACGUUCUUCAAAGUAGGGUUCAUUUUAAACAUCUACGAAUCAUCUCUUGUGUAAACCCCCUGGUGAAAAACUCAAAAAGUAAGACAAUUUGAAAAUGUUAGGCUUUUUCUUGUUUAUUUUUUAUAGCUUGAUACAUAUGGCCUUCUAAGCAAAAAUAUCGCCAAUUCACGGGAAAACACUUCUGAACAAUUUGCUUGCCGUUCGCUAUCAUGAAGUGUUAAAUAAUUCCUGUAAGAGAAUUAUAAUUGUAUAAGAUGAGGUAUAAUCACAGGGUAUGAUUAUUGCCAGGGUAUUGGAAAUGGAAAACAUUUUCAACAGGAAUUUGUUCCUAGGGAAUAUAACUUAUCUCGAUUUUAUAGUACAGAUAUUAUUGUUAAGAAGUGUGGCUUACACUUGCUAUCAUAUUUAAGUGCACUAUCCUAGCUGAAUUAGGAAUAAUCAAGAUUCUUGGUGGGGAGAAAUUGUUGAACAAUAUUUAAACGAAUCGCUUUAGGUUUAUAUAUAUAUGCAUAGAAGUAAUUUGUAAACAGGGGAUUAGAAAUGUUUGUACCACAGAUGUACAGAAUAAUCAUUCAA